AGCAACAACAAAUUGACAAUGGUAUUUGCCCGUAAAUGUUUUGUUGUUUUUCUCGUUCUCUCUAUGUUCUCUCAAGGACUGUGCCUCUGCACUUUCGGUUUGCUCCGGAUCGGAGCGGUGAGAACCGGAAGAGAAAUCGCUGGACAACCGGAAUGGAAAGUGACGGUAACCAACACGUGUAAUUGUCUUCAGAAGCAGGUGACACUGUCUUGCGAAGGGUUUGCUCCUGCGAAGCCUGUCAAGCCAUGGCUGCUUAAGCCACAAGGAAACACGUGUCUUCUGAUUAAAGGAGCAGCUUUGCCAGCUGGCGCAACCGCUGAGUUCGCUUACGCCGGCCAGCCUUACAUCUUCAGACCCGUUGGUUCCACGGUCGACCCAAGUUGCAUGAACUGAUUUCUUCGCUGUUACAACUUCUUAUUAAAAAAAAA